AUGUAUAUGUGGGGGAUUGUCGUACAAGUGCUCGUCAGGGAUGCUAAGGGUCCACAUUGUGAGACUAAUUUAGAGGAGACAGAGGAAAUCAAACUUGAUGAGACAAAAGCAAAGAUAUACCGCGGGGUCAAGAGACAAAAGCAAAGAUAUACCACGAAGUCAAGAGACAAAAGCAAAGAUAUACCACGGAGUCAAGAGACAAAAGCAAAGAUAUACCACGGAGUCAAGAGACAAAAACAAAGAUAUACCACGGGGUCAAGAGACAAAAGCAAAGAUAUACCACGGGGUCAAGAGACAAAAGCAAAGAUAUACCGCGGGGUCAAGAGUCAAAAGCAAAGAUAUACCGCGGGGUCAAGAGACAAAAGCAAAGAUAUACGACAGAGUCAAGAGACAAAAGCAAAGAUAUACCACGGAGUCAAGAGACAAAAGCAAAGAUAUACCACGGGGUCAAGAGUCAAAAGCAAAGAUAUACCACGGAGUCAAGAGACAAAAGCAAAGAUAUACCACGGAGUCAAGAGACAAAAGCAAAGACAUAUCACGGGGUCAAGAGUCAAAAGCAAAGAUAUACCACGGAGUCAAGAGACAAAAGCAAAGAUAUACCACGGAGUCAAGAGACAAAAGCAAGACAUAUCACGGGGUCAAGAGUCAAAAGCAAAGAAUACCACGGGGUCAAGAGUCAAAGAAUCAAAGAAUAUUGAUGAGAACAUAACAGACGAGAAAGGCAACAAAAAUCAUCCCACUGAAUAA